UUACUUCAAAAUCCCGGCUUAGAUAUAAAUUGCUUAACGCAAUAGAACCCUAGUUCCUCUCCUGUACUCCGCCUCUUUUUUGCAGUAACAAUCAGAUUGAAGAAAAGUUAGCAGGUAAUGGCUCCAAAGCAGCCAAAAACUGGCUUAUUUGUGGGUUUGAACAAGGGCCACAUAGUGACUAGCAAGGAGUUAGCUCCACGUCCAUCCGCUAGGAAAGGCAAAACAAGCAAGAGAGUGCACUUUGCAAGGAGUCUUAUAAGGGAAGUUGCUGGAUUUGCACCAUAUGAGAAGAGAAUUACUGAGCUUCUUAAAGUUGGAAAGGACAAGCGAGCUUUGAAGGUAGCUAAGAGAAAGUUGGGCACUCACAAGAGGGCAAAGAAGAAGAGAGAGGAGAUGUCAAGCGUACUGCGUAAGAUGAGGGCUGCUGGAGGUGGUCAUGAGAAGAAGAAGUGAAGUGUCAGGAUUUUUGUUUUGGGACCAAAAUCUUACAUUAAUAUGUGGUUUAUUUGAUACAUUUUCAUUUACACCUGCACUGUAAUUUUUUUUUUGUUUCUAUUUUAGAGAUAAAAAUCGUGCUCUGGAACUUCGGUGUUUUGGCAUCGACAUUUAUUUGAAUUGCAUUAACAUAUCACCAUGUUACUAGUGAGACUUCA